AUGAGCAAAAUGGGAGACCUGGAGUCCGGUUUUGAAGAAAUGCAGGGUGUUAAGCUUGGAUAUCUGGUCAUUAAAGGCAAGCAAAUGUUUGCCCUCUCUCAAGUCUUCACUGACCUCUUAAAAAAUAUUCCGAGGACUACUGUGCACAAACGAAUGGACCACUUAAACGUGAAGAAACAUCACUGUGAUUUGGAGGAACUGCGAAAGCUCAAAGCAAUAAAUUCUAUAGCUUUCCAUGCGGCUAAAUGUACUCUGAUUUCUAGAGAGGACGUGGAGGCACUCUAUUUUUCUUGUAAAACAGAGCGAAUACUGAAAUCAAACAAAAGAAAGGUAAAGACGCAUUCAUCAGAUAAUCUGUGUGAUAGCAAAAUUCGCUCAGACAGCAGAGGUGGUUUUUGGAAAGAAAAAGUUUGGUUAAGUUUGCACGGCGUUCCACAGACUUUCUCAUUUAAAAACAAAACUGCUCGACAGGAGGUUGCCUCUCGUACUGAGUCCAAUCUACCUCAAUUUUACAGUAAAUCCUUUUGCCAUGACUUCCAACCAGUCACGAAGUCAGCAUGUAAACCCUUUAAAAACUAUGAAACAACUCAAAUACCCAGUAACUGUGUAGCAUAUAAUCAAAAACAUUCAUUUUUUCGGAACGCUGUAACCCGACAGCCAGUGCUUUAUCAAUCCGCCAUUGCUGCGCAGCCCCAGCACCCAGGCAACGCCGACCUACUUUACAAAAGGAAGAGGAAGCGCGAGAGCAUCGGGAGGCAGUUUUGGAGCAGGAGUAGACGCAACCAUCAGGUUCUGGUCGUCCCGAAAUGCUGCAAGUCAAAAACACCCAACGGAUCUAUAAGCAAAUUUCAUCUUGAGCAUGAUUUGUACCUCGAUCAUCGUCACAUUGGGCAUUUUCAGGAGAGCUGCAGCAGUGACACCGAGUCAAGUUCCUAUUCUGAACGAAUGAACAAUGAUUCCGAUUUUGGGUCAAGUUUGUCCACCUCUAGUAACUCCGGAACAUCGGAUGACGAGGAGGAUGAUUCCUUCUCCGACUCGUCAGAUGUCAGCACUGAUGAAGAAAGUUCCUCACAGUCUGAUUCAAGUUCUGUGUCCAGUCAAGUUUCGUUGCAGAGUAUCCGUUUUAGACGUGCAGGAUUCUCAAAUCUCAACACAAAAGCACCUUUGGUCUUGCAGCCUACUUUCCACUAUAAUCAACACAGAACACCUAACCAUGGAAGCAGCAGUAUCGUGGAUUAUGACAGAGCAGGAAAACAGCAGAAAUUGGACUUUACUGCAAGCAGAGAUAAACUCCAGGACAGUGACGCCACUCAUGUUCGAAAGUUCUGUCCGCCCGUUCUGGGGAACAGCUUCAUGGAUUCGGGGGGGAGCGAGGUUUCGGAGUCAGUGUUACACCUUGAAUUUCGAGAUAAUCCAAAGACGUCUGACCCUGUAACUAACAGAAUUAAAAAGAUGGGCCUUUCACCUGGUGCAAAUGGAAACAAAGCAUUUCCUCAACAAAGAAUAUCAGGACAUGCAAACAAAUGCCCCCAAGCCUUGAUCCCACACUGUGCCCAAGACAAAGAAACAAUGGGUUCUAAGUCCUCUGACAACAAUCUUUCAUUAGCAGCAAAUUCCAAAAGGGAGGCGAAAAUUAGCCACUGUCUCAAACUACCCUCACCUCUCAAACCCAUUAAAACAGAGGCCGAAGAGUGCAACACGGCUACAAGUUCGAACAAUGAAACCACCAGGACAGUGAAAACGCCACCGUUUCUACUCAAUAAUGUGAAAAUUAAAAUAGAGGAUACGUUUGACGAGUAUGAAUAUGCAAGUCAGGGCACGGGGUCUCAGUGUUUGGGAAUCGAGGCAGAUACCAACAAAAUUCAGUGUCUCAGAAAUGAAAUCAAAGAAACUGACCAUUUAAACCACGCGAGUGAAGCUGCAGAAAGCUGUGCCUCUGUUCCAAUCCCCCCUCUUAGUAACCAGGAAUCUAAGAGCACUUUAAAAUCUCCGAGCUCGGAUGAAGCAGACUACAAAAAUGGUGCAAGGGUCAGGAAAAAUUACAGGACUCUGGUACUAGGGAAAAAAGCAGACACCAUCAGGACACAAUCUAAAAGUGCUAAAGUUGACAGGAGUCCUCGUUCGACUGGAAAUUUCGAGAGCUAUGAAGGAUCAAGUGAGGAUUGGACAGGCGCGAGCAAACGCAAACGUGCAAACAAUAAUGUAGCAUCUUUGAAAAAGCCCUUCAACUUCAUGGCGAAUUUUCCAUCUCUGCCGUCACUGAUCAUUGGCAGUGAUGGGGAUUUGAGUCCUGCUUACUCUUUGAACUCUUUAAGGAAUAACCAGCUGCCUCAUCGGUCUCACCCAGUGUGGAGAUGGCAGCUCGGUGGUUCUGUUGUACCUCCCCCUCCAAGCCAGAAAUUCAGGAAAAGUGCUAUAAUCCCUUAA